CUAUUAACCCCCCCCCCCCCGCCCCGAAGUCCCAUUCGACAGGACUUGGUUGAAUGAAUUGUUAGUGGCGUGCAUCUCCACAUUUUCCCCUUGCUUUUACAUUGGAAGCGUGAACCGGAAGUAGCUUAGUUUCCACACAGUAACUUGGCAGUUGCUAUGACAAAGCGCCUCGAGAGUCCGAGAAGAGUUGAAGCUGCGGGCGCGACUGAGAAGACAGCACAUUUCGGAGACGAGCAGUGGCCGCAUCACAGGAUUAUUUGACUGUUUUUUUUUUUAAUUUUUUUUUAUCCAAUUUCUCUUUUUUUUUUGCUCAAGACUAUUGUCGCUUUUUUUCCAAGCAUUUUCCCCAAUGAGAAACACUUUGAUUUCGCUAUCCACCUUUGUUUUGCUUUAUUUUUUUUUUCUUUUAAAGAUUUAACUCCCGCCCGGAGUGACUGAUGACCGAUCACCAAAAGAAAUUCCCCCACUGAUGGCAGGGAUGACGAAUGAGACGUGGACACACUCGUCAUACGUGCCCCAUUAUCUCCUGCGUGGCGAUCCUUUUGCCUCAAGACUCUCGAGAGAGGCAGACAUUGUGGCAGCUUUUUAUAUCUGCAUUAUAGGUAUUAUGUCCGCAACGGGGAACGGAUAUGUCUUGUACAUGACUAUCAAACGCAAAACGAAGUUGAAGCCACCGGAACUGAUGACAUUGAAUUUAGCCAUCUUCGACUUUGGCAUCUCAGUGACAGGAAAGCCCUUUUUUAUUGUUUCUAGUUUCUCCCACCGUUGGUUGUUCGGUUGGGACGGCUGUCAGUUCUACGGCUGGGCGGGCUUUUUCUUUGGAUGCGGGAGCCUCACCACCAUGACGAUGGUCAGCUUGGACCGAUACUUCAAGAUCUGCCAUCUCCGAUACGGGACGUGGUUGAAACGGCAUCACGCUUUCCUCUGCUUGGCCUUCGUGUGGCUGUAUGCCGCCUUUUGGGCCACCAUGCCCCUGAUAGGCUGGGGAAGCUACGCCCCGGAACCAUUCGGGACCUCCUGCACGCUGAACUGGUGGUUGGCGCAAUCCUCCGUGUCCGGCCAAAGCUUCGUCAUGUCCAUUCUCUUCUUCUGUCUCGUCCUUCCGACCGGCAUCAUGGUCUUCUCCUACGUGAGGAUCAUCUGUAAAGUCAAGUCUUCCGCAAAGGAAAUCUCACACUUUGACGCCCGGAUCAAUAACAAUCAAAACCUGGAGAUCAAACUGACAAAGGUGGCCAUGCUGAUCUGCGCGGGAUUCCUGAUCGCUUGGAUCCCGUACGCGGUUGUGUCCGUGGUGUCGGCGUUUGGGGAGCCAGACUCGGUGCCGAUACCCGUGUCUGUCAUUCCCACUCUCCUCGCCAAGUCCUCCGCUAUGUACAAUCCAAUCAUCUACCAGUUAGUGGACCUGAAGAACUCCUGCUCGCCCUCCUGUUUCAAGGCCCUUGGGAAACGCCGGCAUUUUCGAAAGUCCAGGUUCUACGCAAUUUCUGGCUCACUGAAGGACACACCGGCACCGAAAGAAGUUCAGGUUGAAAUGUGAGACGGACGGAACGUGUGGCCAGCUUGGGAUGCUUUGCCUCCUUCCGCGUCUUCUGCGCCUUGCACUUUGCCCAUUUAAAUGCUGCCUAUUAUCUCCAGUGACAAGACCAAGCUCUUUGCAUUAUCCCUAAAUCGGGAUCACGCCAGGCUGGUUCACACCUACACUGAAAUUUGGCAUCCUUCCGGCAGCUGGCCACCUCCUCCCCUUCCUCCACCAAAAAGCACUUUCCAGAGAGGUUGCAGUAGUGUUGCCGUGUCAUGAAAUGUCUUGACUCACUUUGGCAGUACUGGAGGCAUACUGUCAACGUCUGCAAACAUUUUUUCUAGACACCAAUUUACUGUCCCCUCAACCAAUAUUGACUCUGAACGGAAGAUGUUUUGCAUGAAUAGUUGUGACUGGAAGCUCAAUGCAAAGUAUUGACCAAUCACAUGACGCGAACGAUUGAUGGAUCUGCAACAAAACUGUAAAGUAGGACAACAAAUAUAUGCGCCGUCUGAUAGUGUCAGCACUGAGCACACACUCUCCAAACUGAAGUGUUUGGACACCCCCCCCCCCCCCCCCCCCCCCCCCCCCCCCACCCUGUCCUGAACACCUGACAUGACCCUGCGCCUUUUGUUGUCAUGCUGUUAGGCUGUGAUUUAAACCAAACGUAAACCCAACAUAUUUUGGGAGGUGUUGUGUAUAUACUCACAUAUAGAUUUACUCGACAUGAUUCAUGUUCAAUUUCAGCAUAGAUCACUGAUGGGGUUUUUUUUGUGGUAGCUAUGGCAAAGUGACGUUGCACGUUUCCGUGAUGUGGCAUCGUGUCAUGAUGAAGACGAAUUACAAAACAGUCACAAUAUUUACGAGCCGUCAAAAUGUGGUUCGUUUCGUCGUGCUUUGACCUGUGUUUAAGUUUCAUCUGAUACCGUCUGAAUCUUUCACCAAGUAUGCAAAACCUGCUUUUCUAACUUCAUUUUAGUGUGACGUCGAACCAGCACGAACUGAUCGCUAUAAUCGCGCUGAAA